AUGCGGGAGCACCAAGGCAGCUACAAUCUUAGCCUGGAUGGCCCCUUCCUCGAGGAUCUACCCCCGGUUAUUAAGAGAUACACAUAUAAAGGGAAAGAGCAAUUCUACAACAUCUUGAAAGCCGAAACCGAUCUCUCCGAAGCUUCGACUGAAUCGAGUGAAUUCGUCCUCUUUCGUGCAAACAAGAAGACCAUUGAAACCCUCCUUGGUCCUGUCACGGAGGACACUGAUAUCGCUCAAUUUUGUUCUUCGUUUGAUACCAGCGAACAGCUUUUCCUCGUCUCCAUGCCUCUGGGUCCACAUAACGAAGCGAUUUCUCAGAUGAGCAUACUGAUUCGCCAGGCGUUAAGUCCAAUGGGCUUGGACUAUGCUCUGAAGGAAUAUCCGGGGCUCACCGUUGAAGGUGAAGACCGAGGGAAAGUGCCUGACUAUGGCUGGGGACCGAAAAGAAGAGCAUGCGGUCCCUCCGUUGCCCUCGAAGUCGCGUACUCUGAAUCGGAUUCCAAAUUGAAUUCGGAUGUUCGAUUCUGGCUGCAUCCUGAUUAUGGAAAGGCCGACCUAUGCCUCACACUUCGAAUGAAUAAAUCUCAGCCAGAAGUUCGGAUUGAAAAAUGGGAGCGGCAGAACAAUAGAACCCAUCGCUCCCAGGUUAUUUGGAUGAUUAGGAACCAAGGCGAGGUUACCACCAUUGGUCAUCCUUUGAUAAUCCCGUUCGACGCUCUCUUCCAUCGCGUGCCCGAUUUCCCAAGGGAGAAAGAUCUAGAGAUUUCAGAACAACACCUGAGGGCUCUCGCAGAGUCGAUUUGGGCAGAGCAGAGCUGGUAG